UUUUUUAGGUAUUAAUUGCAAUGGAUACUGUAGCAAGGUAUAAAAAGCAUAACUUACAUAUUUUAAAAACCAUCGGCAAGGGCACUUAUGGAAAUGUGUUUUUAUGCGAAAGGCGUGAUAUUCAUUUAGUGACAAUAGUGAAAGAUAUACAAUUGGACAUAAAGAUACAAGACCACAAGAAAGACAUUGAAAAUGAAGUGGAUAUUUUAUCAGCGAUGAACCAUCCCAAUAUAAUUAAAUUCUAUGAUUGCUAUUACACUGACCGUCAUGUAAUGAUAUCUAUGGAGUAUGCCACUAGUGGUAACCUGGCUGAAUGCAUGUACCAUCGCUAUCCAACAUUAAUUAAACAGCAGGAAAUACUGUUUUUCUUGUCACAAAUCUUGCUUGGCGUAAACUACAUACACAGUCUUAAUGUGAUUCAUAGGGAUUUAAAAGCAGAGAACAUCCUCUUAACUGGCAAACAUGGAAUUUUGGUGAAAAUAGGUGACUUUGGAAUUUCGAAAAUGUUGGCUUCUGCCAAGAAAACCUCAACAGUGAUUGGGACUCCUUAUUAUUUGGCACCAGAGCUAUGCGAAGGAAAACCUUAUGAUACCAAAAGCGAUGUGUGGGCUCUAGGAUGUUUAUUAUAUGAAAUGUGUACACACAAAAGGCCUUUUGAAUCAGAGACGUUAGUUGGCUUAGUAAAGGCAAUAACAAGCGAAAGCGUACACCCCAUAGACAUGACGAUGUAUCAUCGAGGUGUACAGGAUCUAAUCGACUCCAUGCUAUCAAUUCUACCAACGAAGCGGCCAUCCGUGCAGGAGCUUAUGGGGAGACAGGUUAUUUUGCCUAUGGUGUAUACAGUUUUAUUAGACGCGGGGAAUGAGGAGUUACUUUAUGAAGUUGCUAAGGAGUUCUAAAAUUAUUUAUAUUU